AUAAAGAAGACGAAUUUCUAACCUUUAAGGAAAAAACGGCUUGUCAUUUCACAUCUUUCACUGUUCUGAUAGAAAUUGCUAAAUAAUUUUGAAACACUUGUGAAAAUUGUUAAAAGUAUAUAAGCAAUUAUGCCAGACCAUUUAGGAGAUGAUAUGAGAAAAAUUAAAAACGAACCCGAGGAACAAGAAAAGGAAAUAAAAUCUUUGGAUGAAGGUGAUAUUGCGUUAUUAAAGACCUAUGGCCAAGGUCAGUACACAAAAUCCAUAAAAACCGUUGAAGAAGACAUUCAGACCAUAAUAAAGAGGGUAAAUGAAUUAACUGGAAUCAAAGAGUCUGACACUGGUUUGGCUCCUCCUGCACUUUGGGAUUUAGCGGCCGACAAGCAAACCCUUCAAAAUGAGCAGCCUUUGCAGGUUGCUCGAUGUACCAAAAUCAUUAAUGCAGACACAGAUGAUCCCAAAUACAUAAUCAAUGUAAAGCAAUUUGCAAAAUUUGUGGUGGAUUUGGCAGAUUCGGUUGCGCCAACAGACAUCGAGGAGGGUAUGAGAGUAGGUGUGGAUAGGAAUAAAUAUCAGAUUCAUAUUCCUUUGCCUCCAAAAAUUGACCCUACUGUCACUAUGAUGCAAGUUGAAGAAAAACCUGAUGUUACUUAUAGUGAUGUUGGUGGUUGCAAGGAACAAAUUGAGAAAUUAAGGGAAGUUGUUGAAACCCCAUUAUUACAUCCGGAAAAAUUUGUAAAACUUGGCAUUGAACCUCCAAAGGGUGUUCUUCUAUUUGGGCCCCCAGGGACUGGCAAGACCCUUUGUGCUCGUGCUGUGGCAAAUAGAACUGAUGCUUGCUUUAUUCGAGUCAUAGGCUCUGAGCUUGUGCAGAAGUAUGUUGGAGAGGGAGCAAGAAUGGUGAGAGAAUUGUUUGAAAUGGCUCGAUCAAAGAAAGCAUGCCUUAUUUUCUUUGAUGAAAUCGAUGCAAUUGGGGGCGCCAGAUUUGAUGACGGAGCCGGUGGUGAUAAUGAGGUACAACGGACAAUGUUGGAACUUAUUAAUCAAUUGGAUGGAUUUGAUCCUCGUGGUAAUAUCAAAGUACUGAUGGCCACCAACCGACCAGAUACUUUAGACCCUGCAUUGAUGAGACCGGGUCGCCUGGACCGAAAAGUUGAGUUUGGAUUACCAGACUUGGAAGGAAGAACUCAUAUAUUUAAAAUUCAUGCUAGGUCUAUGUCAGUGGAAAGAGAUAUUCGGUUUGAGCUGCUUGCUAGAUUGUGUCCUAACUCCACUGGAGCUGAAAUAAGAAGUGUUUGCACUGAAGCAGGCAUGUUUGCAAUCCGGGCCAGAAGGAAGGUGGCGACGGAGAAAGAUUUCCUGGAAGCAGUCAACAAAGUUAUAAAAUCAUAUGCCAAAUUUUCGGCUACUCCUAGAUAUAUGACUUACAAUUAAUCUGCCAGAUUGUAUCAUUCUUCAUUGUUUAUGAUAAUAAAUAAUACUUAUAGUAAGCAGAUUUCUCACUU